UAGGGGUGUGGUGGGAGUUCGUGUUUAAAGAGAUCAACGGAAGCUCCGAAAUAAAACUCCUUGUUUUAUGCUUUGACCAGGCGUGUUUCACGUUCUCUCAGUGUCGGUAAAAUGGGAAACUGCCACACCGUUGGACCAAACGAGGCGCUGGUGGUCUCAGGUGACUGCUGUGGUUCUGAUAAGAAGACUUAUGUCGUCGGAGGCUGGGCUUGGGCCUGGUGGCUCAUCUCUGACAUUCAGAGGAUAACGCUUGAGAUUAUGACCCUGCAGCCCAAGUGUGAGGAUGUAGAGACAGCGGAGGGUGUAGCUAUUACUGUCACUGGGGUGGCUCAGGUGAAGGUGAUGGUCGAUGAUGAACUGCUGGGUUACGCCUGCGAACAGUUCCUGGGCAAGUCGGUGAUGGAGAUCAAGAGUGUCAUCCUGCAGACCCUCGAGGGUCACCUGCGUGCCAUUCUUGGAACCCUCACUGUUGAACAGAUUUACCAAGACCGAGAUAAAUUUGCUACGCUGGUGCGAGAGGUGGCAGCUCCUGAUGUUGGCCGCAUGGGCAUCGAGAUCCUUAGCUUCACCAUCAAAGACGUUUAUGAUAAAGUGGAGUACCUGAGCUCGCUGGGUAAAACUCAGACAGCUGCGGUGCAGAGAGACGCCGACAUCGGAGUGGCUGAGGCAGAGAGAGAUGCUGGCAUCAGGGAAGCUGAGUGUAAGAAGGAAAUGAUGGAUGUCAAGUUCAUUGCAGACACAAAGAUGGCCGACUCCAAACGAGAGCUGGAAAUGCAGAAAGCCUCCUUCAACCAGGAAGUGAACACAAAGAAAGCAGAGGCUCAGCUGGCGUAUGAGCUGCAGGCAGCCAAAGAGCAGCAGAAGAUCCGUCUGGAGGAGAUCGAGAUCGAGGUGGUGCAGAGAAAGAAGCAGAUCAUGAUCGAAGAGAAGGAGAUUGACCGCACUGAAAAGGAGCUCAUCGCCACCGUGAGGAGGCCUGCUGAGGCCGAGGCUUACAGGAUGCAGCAGGUGGCCGAGGGCCAGAAGACGAAGAAGGUGCUAACAGCACAGGCAGAAGCUGAAAAGAUCCGCUGCAUUGGCGAAGCCGAGGCCGCCUCCAUCGAAGCAGUGGGAAAAGCCGAGGCUGAGAAGAUGAGGCUGAAGGCCGAGGCCUACCAGCAGUACGGAGAGGCAGCCAAGACGGCUCUGGUCCUGGAGGCCCUCCCCAAGAUUGCUAGUAAAGUGGCCGCCCCCCUAGCCAAGACCAAUGAGAUUGUCAUCCUGAGUGGAGAGAGCAGCCGUGUGACCGGAGAGGUGACCCGUCUGCUUGCUGAGCUCCCCGUCUCUGUUAACGCCCUCACCGGCGUGGAUCUGACCAAGAUCCCUCUGCUCCAGAAGAUGACCACCUCUCAGUGCCAAGCAGCCAUCUGAUGGAUGAACCCAUCGAGCCUGAUACUUGUUUCUGCCUCAAGCAUGAAGAGGAUCUUCCAGCUGGAGAUCUUUUUGUGCAGUUGCCUUCUAAUCAGAAACUCUUUAUCAACCACAAGAUUGUUUUGUUUUUCUAAUUUUUUUUUUUUUAAAUACGUUUUUAAGAUUUUAAAGGAAAAUUACAGAAGGGGGCUAGGCUGAAGCAUCCUCCAUUUGUUUAGUUGAUUCGUACUGUACUGCACUAGUUAUCCAAGGUUUUAUGCUGUGAUGUUUUCAGUCCUGCUUAUCCAGAGCUGCAGGUGAACAGGCGGAGCUGGGUGUUGUAGUCCUCCUCCAGUUUGGAUUGUGACAUUAAUUCACACCUAACCUACAGCUUUCUGUCCAAGAACCCAAGUAACAAAGCAGCUUACAGCAAACGGAGCUGUUUUUAUUGUUUGGUUGCAAACUCUGCUCCUAAAAGUAGUUUGACACAUUUAUGACUUCAUAUAUUUUAUUACUGUAUAUCUUCCUCACUUAAAGCUUUGCUGUAUGACUAAUAUCUGAAUCUCUUGUAUGAUAAUCAUUAGCUGGCAGUAGAGCAUCGUGUUGCCCAUCGUCUUGUUCUAACGUGCAGUACUUGUUGGAUGAUGUUUAAAUGUUCCUUAUUCAUUGUGUGGUUUUACAGCAGCCCCACUGUUCAUACUGAACACUUGGGUGUGUGUGUUAAAGCCUUAAAGGAGACCCUGGAGCUCUGCCAGGGCUGCCGGACCUUUCUGCAUUACCUCAAACAGCAACUGUUAGACCGUCAGGGUCUGAAGUCAUUUUGUUCCUCCUCUCCAUCAUUCCUUUAUCUGGCUAGUUGUCUGUCUGGACAGGAUGUCGCCCAAGUUUAGUUGGAAAUGUAACUUUAGAAGGAGCUGAAGUCUUUUCAAGCAUUUCAUAUCUGACAUCUUCAUAUGACGAUGAAGCAGAAGUUGGGGUUUCGUUUGGUCACGAGUUGGAAAACAAAUCAUGUGAUGAGUUGUUCAGCUGGUUUUAGAAUAGAAUAGAAACAGCCUUUAUUGUCCCACAGAUAGGAAAUUCAAGCGUAACAGCAGCAACA